ACCACUAUUGAGAUUUGAGGGAAUAUUUGGCAUGUGGCAACUGGCAAGAAUAGAUUUUUGCAAUGUGAAAGUGUUCUACGGUCCUUGUCCUAUACCAAGAAAAAAAAUCAGCUUCAGCCUUCAUUCGUGUUGUGAUACUUGUUUAACAAUGGCUUCCAUAACCUCAGUGGGAUUGGUCAAGAACCCAUCAAUCUCAAUCUCUUUGCCAAAAAACCCAGAGAAAUUCUAUAAAUCUCCAUCGUUUGCUACCUUUGGAGUGAAAAAUCACAACUUUGUGAAGUGGGUCAAUUUCCAAAGGGGGAAUUGUAUUAAAGCAUCAGUUUCAAAGGAGUCUACAGGAAUUUACUCUUCUAAGCAAUUUGAACUCACAACAAAGAACGUUGACCUGGUGUUGGAAGAAGUGAGGCCUUAUCUCAUUUCUGAUGGCGGAAAUGUGGAUGUUGUUUCUGUUCAAGAUGGUGUCAUAACUCUCCAACUUCAAGGAGCAUGUGAGAGUUGUCCGAGUUCAACGACCACCAUGAAAAUGGGUAUUGAACGAGUGCUGAAGGAGAAAUUUGGUGAUGCAAUCAAGGAUAUCCGGCAAGUCAUUGACGAGCAAGUGAAUGAAACAACUGUCGAGGUGGUGAACCGUCAUCUAGACAUACUUAGACCUGCUAUUAAGAACUAUGGUGGAGAGGUGGAAGUAAUUGCCAUUGAGGGUGGGGAUUGCACAGUGAGAUAUGGGGGACCAGAGACCAUUGGCUCGGGAAUAAAAGCAGCUAUCAAGGAGAGGUUUCCAGACAUAUCAAAUGUGAUCUUUACUAGCUAGGUGAUGUUCACCUUUCUGAGUUCAGUACAUACAAGUAUAGUUUUCAGGUUUGCAGUUUGCUAUGUAAAUGGGUACAUCCUUGUAUGAUUCUCACAGCGCCUUAAAAACCUUCUGUUGUACAUACAUGGUACGAUCUCCAUUAUUUGAUGUGUCACAGGCUCAAACGAUGGUGCAACAUUAUGAGUAACCCCAUUUAUGCUUGUCGGGAACCCUGUAUAUGCAUUCAGAGUAACCUCAUAUAACAUUACUCAUCUUUAUUUA